AUGGAUAUUCCUCAUAUUAAGAAGAAGCUUCAAUCCAGAAUAUCUUUGCAUGCGUUGUUUGUUCCUCUUGAGCUCAUCACAAAAGUCCUCUCGCUCCUUAGUGUGAAAUCUAUCCAACGAUUCAGGUGCGUUAGCAAAUCAUGGAACACUUUCAUCUCCGAAUCAUUUUUUUGCAAAAUGCACCUUAAGAUAUCAUCUCAAAAUCCACAUUUUAUACUAUCAAUUCCAGAAUACCCUUUGACUUGUGUGGUAUCAGUACUUGUUCAUCGAUUGAUUGAAAACCAUUCGAUGACUGUUGUCGGUGAAACUUGCUUGAGUCUUAAAUGGGGAAUUCGUGAGGUUGUUGGUUCCUGCAAUGGAUUGUUAUGUGUACUUUUCAAUUCUAUAACAAAUGAAAAAACGAAGUACAAGUUCUGCUUAUGGAACCCAGCAACAAGAACAAUAUCUGAAAAAUUAGAAUUUUUUUGUGACUAUGAGCCUUUAUUUGGCCCUAUCAAGUUCAGUUUUGGUUGUGAUUAUUUAACAGGAAUAUAUAAGAUAGUGGCACUUCAUACCCAACAAAAUGAAGACGGUGAGAGCAAUGACGAUACUUGGAUAAGCAAGGUGAGAGUUUUCAAUUUAGGUGACAAUUGUUGGAGAGAUAUUCAAAGUUUUUCGUCGGUUCCUCUAAUUUGGAAUAAGGGUGUGCAUUUGAGUGGGACUAUUAAUUGGUUAUCUAUUCACGGUGCCUACAUAUCCUUGUGCGAUGGAGAAAGAUUUAGAGCUUUAAUUCCAGAUGUUAAACAGUUGGUGAUUGUUUCGCUUGAUCUUUCGACAGAAACAUACAAAACAUUUUUGCUGCCUAACGAUUUUAUUGAGGUACCGUGCUUUGAGCCAUCUCUCCGUGUUAUGAUGGACUGCCUUUGUUUUUCACAUGAUUUUAACAAAACUGAAUUUGUUGUAUGGCAAAUGAAGGAGCUUGGAGUCCAAGAGUCUUGGACUCAAUUAUUCAGAAUUGAAUAUUUUAAUCUUCAGUUGAAUAACCCUCCCAUUGAAGUUGACUUUUUUUAUGUCGAAUACAUGAAAUGCGAGAUUCCAUUAUUGCCGUUGUAUAUUUCGAAAGAUGGAAAUACAUUGAUAUUGGCACAUGAUUCAAUUAACGCAGUAAUUAUCUAUAAUCAACUAGAUAAUACUGUAAAGAGAACUAGAAUUUCCAAUAAAAUAGACUGGUUCACGGCAGUUGAUUAUGUUGAAAGCUUGGUUUCAACUGAUUGGAGAUAUGGAGAAGGAGAUAGAGAUGAAGAUGAUGAUGAAUAUGAAGAUCAAUUAAGUGACAUUGAUAUUGGGUUUGGUGGAUGGACUGGUGCAUACUAG